AUGGGUUGUGCACCUAGCGGACAAUCGUGCAAGAAGGGAGGCAUUCGUUUAAUGACCACGAAGCUUGCUUUCACCAAGGGUCAGCUGAACAACCUGAACACAUAUUUCCGCAAACUGGUCGACGAGGCUCAGAAUGAUUUCUCGAAUAUUUAUGCGAUCGAAGCUACCGUAGAAAGAUUGGUUCAACGUUUAAUGCAAGGCGCUGGUAAUCUCGACCGAAACUUCUCGUCAAUGUUCCUCGUUUCACUGAACGAGCCUCGACGAAUAAAGCAACUGAGAUUUGAAUAUCUGCUGCGGAUAGAUGCAUUGUCAACUCCGGGCGUAGGUCCUAGGCAGGAACUUUCUGGAGUGUGCGUCGAGGAAGAUGCCUCUCUGCCAGGCUUUAUUCGGCUGAAGAUGCUCGGCGCUGGAGCGGAAGUCUGGCGGGAGUAUAUGGAUGUUGCAGGGAGAUUGAGGAGAGAUCUUGUAAAAGCCAAAUUAGCAAAUUUAUUGGCCACAGCUAUUAAACAAGAUACUGUGGAUCCGGUAGAUGAUAGAAUUUCUGUCUCGCCUGGUCAAGUAGUCGAUGCUGAGAUUCUCGACAAACUACUGAAGCAACCGGAACACUGUAGAAUAUUCUACGGACCAGGUACAUUACCGGAACCAAGGAAUCAUCGUAUGGCCAUGAUCGAAGAUAACAGAGGAAUUCUGCUGAGAAUCGAGUUGGACGGAUUUAAUGCUCGCGAAGUUGAGGUCAGACUGUUAAUCGGUAUCGGAGUUUCAUUGUGGCCCAGUUUAGCCGACUAUCCCCAACGAAUACCUCUUUAUCACUGCGAUGCUCUUCUUCACUACACUGCAGCGCAAAGUGGCAUGUACGCUGUGGCUGUUGGUCCGUAUUCCGGUGCACGUUGCAAGAACCGAGCAACUCUCUGGAGAGUACGUGUUCCGGCAGCCGAGAAAAUUAUGAGUCAACACUAUGCCGUCGACAGUGUACCAGCCCUGACGGAAUCCGUGCUCCUGGAAAUUUUGUACGAGCUGCGAGAAGGGCGAUCUAUGAAUUUACCGGCGAAACCAAAGGUAGCACGGAAACGUGGUCCUCCGUCGCCGGAUCGUUUACGAGUAGUUUCCAGACAUAUCCUGAGAACCGUGCACCGGUGGUCUUUGGAAAGGGCAGGACCGGAUCCUCUGACGAGCUGGGCGCCCGAUACUCUUUCGUGUCAUGUUCUAUUAGCGUUGGACGAGUUAGUCGCCGCUCUGAAAUGCCAGAACCUGAGGUGUUACUUUCAUCCGCGUUGCAACGUGAUGCUACAAUGCGUGAGAGGUGGAAUAGCAUACCCCGAGGACUCUUACGUUUCCGAUUGUCGAUUGUUGGAGUCUUGCUUGGAAACGCUUCAUCGUCGUUCUUUGUCCAUGGCACGAGACGUGCCCGGGCCUUUGGAUGUUAUGGAGAGCGAGCUCAUUGUCAGAUGGCGGGACAUCAUGGCCUCGUUACCUAGAGGAACGACCAACGAGGAUUACGGAUAUAGCCAGAGACAACUGGAAUAUUUUAGUAUGAUUCUGGAGCAAGUGCUGCGAAUGAAAGACGCUUCGUUGCAGGAUCACUCGGACAACUGCAGUUACUCGAAUUUCCCGGAAUUAUCUUAUUGCACCACGGACCAGGUGGAGAAUCUGGUGUUUUUAUUGAAACUAAUUCUCACACAGGCCAAGAAUCAGAUUCACGCAAUGGAAGUUCGUAAGAUGCGCGCACACGAUUGUCGCAAGGGAUCGAAAAAGAGAAGGCGCUGCAACACGACGAGCCAGUUCGAUUAUUCCGUCGGACUUCUGAUCGACGUUGUCAGAAGGGACAGAGAGACUGUCAACACGGACUUGGAAGCUUUUCCAAUAAUGGCUAAAAUGCUUUUACAAUGGCUAUACUUUGGCAUGGACUAUAAUCGGAAGAUCCUCGAGCCUAUUCUGCGACCGUAUCUGAAUAACCUUUUUAACAGUCUUCACGAAUACGGCUGGCACGCUACGUCUUGGAAGAAGAAGCAAGAGGUUUACUCUUGCGAGAUGCAAUCAUUGUCGACGUUUUGUAAAUCCGUGAUAACCGAGCAAGUAUCGCCUGCUAAUGGAAUCGUGGACAAUCUAUCUAAAGGCUGGCGUUGGGCAGAGGACAUGACAAAGAUGAUCGAACGCUCGGGCAACUCUUUGCGCCUGAUUUUUCUUCCCGGCGACAGGAUAAUCAAGUACAACCUAACUUUCGCAGAGAACAAAGGACUCAGUUCAUUUUCCACGUGGAGCAUGGCUAGAAACGUCAGCACGAUCGCACGGAAGCGAAGUAUAAAUUCGAGGGCCAGCGAGCUAUUCGAUUCUCUCUCGAAAUUGCAAGGGCAGUCGAGUGAAAAUGAGGGGGUUGCAGGACACACGGAAUUGAGGGACGCCAGCCCUUUGACAUAUGUCGCGUCGAUGAGUAGAUCGCGUGCUCGACAUCGUGGUCCUGGCGAUUUGAUCUCCGCCAUGGUCUCCCUCGGCAAGUUCAGGGUUCUGCAAGAAGUCGCCGCACUUUUGCCGCGGGAAGAGCAAAUGGUCGUGCUGAACAUGGUGCAGCGCGUGGCCAGAGAAUCCUCUCGUCGUUCGAAAAAGACCAGCGGCACGUAUACAUCCAGCUCGCCGAGGCAGGUCUACAGACCAAGGCCAGAGUCGAAUCUGCUGGAUUCACCCCCGCAAUUACCGUCAGGAGUUGGUGAACUGAGAAUCAUCGCGGAACAUCAGAGACAGCUGGAAAGGGAGAUACAAGAGAUGCAUGACACCUUGAGACGCAACGCGUUGAUAAGACAACGCCCCUGCAACAUCUGGGACUCGAAUUCGUUGUCCUCUUGGAAUUCUUCGAUCGAUUCUAUCGCUGGAACGAUCACCCUUAGGAGAUAUCGCGCUCCGAUAUGGGAGGCUAUCAAAGGAAGUUCCCCGGCACGCUCUAGCCUGCGCACGGAUGGUGAUAUCGAGAAAAAUAAAUUCGACGAGAUGAUCAGCCGGGAGGAGUCGCCGACAUGGAGCACGCAGGACGCUCGAAGGAAGUUGGACUACUCCGGGUCGAAGAAUGGAGAUGAAUUGCCAUCUUGGGAUACGCUCGAGGCGACUCUGAAUAGAAGGCUGUGUAAUUACGGCAACGCCCUGUCAGAAUCCUUGGAAACGGAUGAAAGUAUUGGAAGAAACUGCGUGGCCAAGUCGCGAGAAUGA